GACGCCCUGCGACCAUUUCGUCUGUGUUGUGCGGGAGUGUAGUAAGGCUGUCAAUGGAAAGAUACCAACUCUGGUCACCAUGGACCCCACUGGAUGAGAACUUGCGAUGGCUGCGGCACACAACACCUACCCUUUCCUCCAAACACCCGUUUAGGGUUUCUCCUUGUUUCCCAAAGAGCCCUUCUGACUUUGAAGUACAACAGUGCUUUCAGGAAGUCUCUGUAGUCAUAGACAGCCCACUGAUGGAAACUGGAGAGAGCCCGGAGUUACCUGGCCAAUUCCCAAAGCAGGAGACCACCAACAAGAAGAAUGGAUUGGUUAGGAAGCCCCAGCCCGUCCGCCUCAUUGGAGUGGAUUCUGUCUUUGGCAGGAUUAUUACAGUCCAGCCACCCAAGUGGACUGGAACCUUCAGAGUUUCAGACACAUCAGCCUUCAGCAAAAUUAUCAGCAAGGAACAACAGUGGCCCAUUGGUCUAAAGGAGCCUCAGAUUGAGAUGACCAUGGCUAUGUGUAAACAGAUGCUACGCUCGAUCCUCCUUCUAUAUGCGACAUACAAAAAGUGCACCUUUGCCCUGCAACACUCCCAGUAAAGGGUUCCCAUGUGACCCCUGUACUUCGCACCACACUCUAUGGUAUGUACCUGGAGCUCACACAGAUCUGUCCACGGAAAUCAGUCUGUAAUAUCAUGCCUGACAUUUUGCUCCUCUGUCAAGCUGUGACAAUCCCCCACCCUUUCUCUUCGGAAUCAGGGCCACCGAACCUGAGCCAGGAAGAACAUUUCGGUGGAAUGGACAUUUAAAAGUUCAACUACCACGGACAUGGUCAUGCUGUAAAGAACAGUUCAACAAACCACAUACACCAGGCAAUCGAGUGUGAACACACUCAAGCCCCAAAGAUAACGAAGAGCUGGGGGCAGAAAAGGAACAUUUUAAAAAAGAGAUGCAUGGGUUUUCUGGGUACCAGAAGAUGAAGGAAUCAAAACUCAAAAUCUUUGUGUGGGUUAAGGACUAGUUUGAAAUCAGCCUUCCAUAAUCAAACAGAUGAUGACAACAACAAACCCCAAUACCAACAUGUUUAAAACUAUUAACAAAUAUUAAUCUUUACAGCCUGGCAAGGACGAAAUUGGUAGCAGCUUCAGAGACUGGACUUUUUGGUGGAAGUCAGGAGAGUCCCCAUUUUAGUUCCUGGUAUUCAAUUUCCAAUAAAC